CACCAUCAAUUUCACGACAUAGAAGCCAGGACAAACGUUACCUUUUUUACGACAGCACUAAAUGCAAAUACAUUACCGAGUAUGAUGCAAUUCGUGAAGUUUUAUUUGUUUUAUCUGGUCGACCAAGUUUUCUAUUUCAACAAGAUUCUCAUGGAAUUUUCAAAGUCAUACUUAAUGCAAAUUUAACUCAUUUAACUUGUGGCAGUUUUAAAUCAAUACUAGAAUUUUUCU